UCACCUGCAUUGAAGAGGUGUUCGUUAAUGGCCAAGGUUAACUGUUUUCAUAAACCCCAGCCCAGAUCUUGUCUGUCGGUCAGAUGGAUGUGAUAUUAUUGAGUGCGUGACGUCUUCAAGAGUGACGAAAGCAGUAACACAGAGGAGAAAGAGAAAAUAUUGUAACAUGCGGAUUGAUGUGAGAUGUAUGUAGCUGAUAACAAUAUCAUGGAGAAGCAAACCAUAAAUGUUGAGGAAGAGGAGGUCUGUGAAUGGGAGUGUGUCCACGCUAAAGUAAAGAGUCUGGGCAUUAAGGAAGAGGAUUGUGAACUAGUGUCAUUGGACAUUAAAGAAGAGGCUGAAGUGAAGCCUUCCAUCACAGAGACAAACGGAUAUAAAAACGUGGAGCGUGUCAAGAAAGAUGACCUUCAUCUUGGGUGCCAAAAUGGAGCGGUGACCGGGUUAGCCUCAUCUCAAAGCAGACACGUUUCACCAGUCAAUGUAAAGUUUGAAUCAUUAGAGUCUGACACCAAGAGGACUGAGGAAAUUUCAUCUGUUGAAACUCUGGAAGAUCAGCCACCACCUACAAAUCCAUCUGGAAAAAGCCUCCAUGAAUUACACAGACUUGCUGUGACAGAAUUCAUAAGAAACCCAGAAGAUCCGUCUUUAUCUGGUGAUCCGCACAACGGAGCUGUGGACUUUGAGACACGAUACACAGAGUUGAUGAUCAUUGAACAGGACAUUAAAGUUGAAUUUGUGAUGAAUGGGAAGACUUGGGAACGACUUGAGGAAAAGGGAGAAAGUAAGAAUUGUGAGAGAAUCGAGACUGAAAACCUUUUCAGCAGGAGUCAAAGAAGCGAGACACCUCCCCGCAUUGUAGUGGUUAUUGGGGAGUCAGGAAUUGGAAAGACCACAAUGAUCCAGAAGAUCAUGUUUGACUGGGCCAAUGGCACUCAGUACCAGAGGUUUGCAUUUGUGUUCUUGUUUACAUUUAGGGAUCUCAACCUUCUAGGCUAUAAAAAUGAACAACACAUUUCACUGACCAAACUGAUUUUAAGGCAUUAUAAAUACAUCAGUGAUACAGAAGUCAAAGAAAUCCUUCGGAAACCAGAAUCUCUCCUGUUUUUACUUGAUGGGCUAGAUGAGUUCAGGCACAAACUGGACUUCACACAGAGUCUGAUGUGCUCAGACCCAGACAGUUGUGUUCCUCUAAACAUCCUGGUCUCCAGCCUAAUCAGUCAGACAUUGCUGAAUGGCUGUUCAGUCCUGAUAACAAGUAGAUCAACGGCCCUGGAGGCCUUGGACAUGCAGAGAGUUGAUCAGUAUGUCAAAGUUGUAGGGUUCGUCCAUGAACAAAGAAUGAUAUACUUUAAGAAGUUCUUUGGUGAUGCAGAUCUGGGUGCCAAAGCUUUUCAGUAUGUGGAGGAGAAUGCCAUCCUUUACAUUAAGUGUUUCAACCCCUCAUACUGCUGGAUUAUCUGCCGUGUGCUGAAGAACUACUUUAUGACACCUGAAGAAGAGCGAGGACCUGCCCCCAGAACUCUCACUGAGGUCUAUGUGAUGUUCUUUCACAUCAUCCUUACCAAUCAGAGGCAAGAAACCGAGAACCAGAGGAGGGUUUUAAUCCAACUAGCAAAGAUGGCAUAUUAUGCUGUAGAUAACAAGAUUCGUGUGUUAAAUGAGACGCAAGAGAUAUUCACCUUUGGUCUCCAGUCAGUCCUCACCUCUUCAUUCCUCUCUGGGCUCCUGUGGAGACAAAGCUAUCAGGAGCACAUGACAUAUACAUUCUACCCUCUUGCCCUGCAGGAGUUUAUGGCUGCCUUUUACUUCUACCUUGAACCAUCAGAGGGCAUUGAAGAGCUGCUUGUGAAGCUGGACUUGUGUAAAGAUGAACAGUUUAAGAUUCUUACUCAAUUCUUGUUAGGACUGGCCAGGAAGUCAGUGUUUAAAACACUAGGGUGGACCCUGGGGGAGUCCAAGAGGAAGACAGCAAUACGGAUAUUGAAGUGGAUGAAGCACAAAGCAAAACGGGCCCUAAAGGGCCGAGAUAAAAAUGAAGCUCUGCUAGUGUGUCAGUGGCUGUGUGAGACUCCGAAUAAGAAAUUAAUCCGAGAUUCCAUAGGGAAGGAUUUAGAGAUGGACUUUUGUCGAUCAACAUUAUCUCUUCUGGACUGUGCUGUAUUGAGCUCCGUCAUCAGCUGCUGUGGAGAACUUAAGGUACUUGACCUGUCAUCCACACAUCUCACCCCAGAGUUCAUCAGGAGAUUAGCGCCAGGCCUCAACUACUGCACUAAAGUCUUCCUGGAUAGAUGUAAUCUCACUUAUGAAUGUUGUUCAGUUGUCUCCUCUGUGCUCUCUGCCCCACACUCACAACUGACUUAUCUGAGGCUGAAUGGCAAUAACCUGGAGGAUUCGGGACUGGAUGUGCUCUGUGAAGGGAUGAGGAAUGAAAACUGUAAACUAGAGAAACUGAUGCUGUUCUCAAGUUGUUUUACCUCUGGAUGUUGCUCAGCUCUGUCCUUGACUGUUUCUUCUCCACACUCACAACUAACUGACCUGGAUCUCAACUACAAUAAACUGGAUGAUUCAGGUGUGUGUCUACUGUGUGAGGGGCUGAGGAGUGCAAACUGUAAACUAAAGACACUCUGCAUGGUCUCCUGUGCUCUCACCUCUGGAUGUUGCUCAGCUCUCUCAUCUGUCCUGUCUACUCCACACUCACAGCUGACUGAACUGUGGCUGUGCUUCAAUGACCUGGAGGAUUUAGGAGUAAAUCUGUUGUGUGAGGGGAUGAAGAGUGAAAAUUGUAAAUUAGAAAAUCUGAGGUUGAAAUCAUGCCGUCUCACCUCUGAAUGCUGCUCAGCCCUCUCCUCAGUCCUCUCUGCUGCACACUCACAUCUAACUAUCCUGGACCUGGGGAUCAAUAACCUAGAAGAUAAAGGUGUGCAUCUGUUAUGUGAGGGACUGAAGGACAAAAACUGUAAAUUAAAGACGCUGGGGCUGGCGCGUAAUGGAAUCAGUGAGAAGGAGAAGUGGAACCUGUUUUUACUGGAGAAAGAGCUGUACGAAUCUGGGCGGCUGGUGAAUAUCAACACAAUAUGAGAAAGCUGGAUGUAGCGAAAGAAGUGAACCCAGUGACAGCGUCCCUUGUCCACUCCUUGUGUUAGUCCAUCUACUCAAUGCUUUUCUUUGAUCUUUCUCUAAUCUUGUCAUCUCUGUUUAAUAAUCUUGUGUUUUCU